AUGCCAACAACCUCCACCGCCGCGUCCUCUCAGCUUGCACCUAGCACAGCCAACCUCUCAACUCCUGUGUCUGAAACACGCCGUACUGGCCGCCCACGCGGCACAGGCAAGCGGCAGCUGGCGGCAGCCGCGGCGGCCCGGGAGCGUGAAGCGACAGUGCGCGCGGCCAUGCUCUCAGAAGGAAUCGACCCGGACAGGCAUCCUAUCACUCUGGCGGCGGCACUCAAGGCAGCGGCAAGUGCGACAGCAGUUAAACGACGGCGCCGCAAGUCUCCGACCCCGAUGCUUACUCCACAGCCUGUUGCAUCGAGCUCCAGAACGGUUAACCCAGCCGAUCUUCGACUCACCAGCUCCCAACCAGGAGGCCCUCAGUUCACCUCCUCACAUCUGCCCAUAUCACAAUCGCAGCAACUACAACCGCCCAUGUCACAGCCCACUGCCCCUAGUGGUGCUAUUGAAACGCCCUCGACGUCUCUAGCUGCGCCAAACAACGCAACGCUCCAAAGCCAAGAGCAAUCUAACAUUACACCAUCGCAGCAGCGCGAGCGCGGGCGUGAGGAGAUUACACGAGCGGCUUUCAUCGAUGCCGGCCUCGACUUCGAUGCCAUCCCCCUGGAAGUGCGUAUUCAGUGUAAGCUAGGGGGGACUGGGCGCCCUCCUGGACCCAAGCUACUUCGCGAGCGUAUGACUCGCGCUGCAAUCCUCACAGCCGGUCUCAACCCCGACACCGUUACCCCCGACGUCUGGGCAUCCUUCCAGCCACCGCUGCCACCGGCUUCGGGUCUCACCCCGCCACCGCCACGCCGGGGACGCCCUCCUGGGUCGGGCAAGGUGCAGAGGACACGGGCCGCUAUCAUAGCCGCGGGGUUGGAUCCUGACACAGUGAGCGAGGAAGUGCGCGCGUCGUUUGAGCCGCCGCCUCGUCGCAAGCUGUCAGACAGUCCGUUCAUCUCAGAGGGCGUCGACGGAUAUGAGGCGGCCGCCGAGGCUGGGCCGCCUCCCUCUGAAACUCCGCCCCAGGGGCCUGGUCUCGCGCGAAUGGGCGCGCCAAAGAUUUGCGCACUGCAGACUGGCGCAUCGCUGAUUGGCCCGACGCAGGGUGGCGUGCCGCAAGUUGGCCCGUCGCAGGUUGGCCCGUCGCCGACCGUUGUAUCACUGGCCGGCGCGCGACUGAACAGCGCUUCGCUGGACGCCGUCUCACCAACCGUUGCUUCGCGAAACAUUGCCUCUCAGAGUGUUACCGCACGAACUGCCGCCGCCUCAAUUACUGGCGCCUCACAGAACGACGCCGGGCAGAACCGCGCUACGCAGAAUGGCACCGCGACAAACGGCACGUCACAGGGAGGCGCCUCGCGGAAAGGUGGCGCGCAGAAUGGCCCGCGGCAAAGCGGUGGCGGGCAGGACGACACAUCCGACAUGGCUGCUGCGCCGCCUUCUCCUUCCGAGGCGCCUGAGCAGCAGCCCACUGCGAAGGCGGCGCCGAAGAGGAUGGGCCCGUUUAACCAUGCGAUUUUUGUCGUGCCCAUGUCGCGGAAGAGGCGCGCCGAACUAAUCACGCGGGGCGUGUAUAACCCGUUCAGAGACGAUGCCGACGACAGCUUUGAGCGCGAGCGAGUCAACCGUCGGCCACGGGCUGCCCACGCUGUGACAAAGGUCAUAACGGUCGCUGUUCCCCAAGGGGCAGGCAUACAUCAGCAGCGUGUCAGGGAACCGGAGGCCAUCAAGGACCGCUUUGCAUAUCCACCCGAGCCACCGAUGCGCGAGCCUUUCAAGAGCAUACUGUCGAGGGACAGUCUUUUGAACCGCCUCGGCGUUGACAGCGUCUACACAUGCCAGUGGAAGGGUUGUGGAGCGGAGCUAGCAUCCGAGAAUAAACUCUUGCGGCACGUGCAGUCGCGUAACCACGCGAGGCAAGCUGCGUUUGACUUUGGCGACCUUGUCCUUUAUCAGUGCCAUUGGGGUGGAUGCGAUCGGCCGUGCUUCCGCUCAGCGGGCAAGCUCGAGCAGCACAUGCUCGCCAAGCACGUCUGUGAGAAGAUUGUGUGUCCUUACGAACAAUGUGACCUGCGGUCGUCGACCAUCGGUCAUUUACACCGUCACGUCAUGAGGAACCAUGAGGAUGGUGAUGAGCCGCGGCCACGGGUCGACAUCGCGCCGGAGGUGGCGCUGACUGCCGUGGAGCCGCUGCCCGCUACCGUAACAACUGUCGAGCUCAUGAUUCAGCCGGCGCUGGGAAGGACGUACAAACUGGAACGUUUCCAGGACCUGGCGCAUGCCAAGGUUUUGAAGAUGUGCAUUGCCCCACCGAAUCCCGAGAUCCACAUCCUGCACCCGCCACACAUGCUCGAAGCCAUCGGGGAUGAGGACGACAGCCUGGCCGCCGCCCGCGAAGGGUCGACGAGGGAGGGGUCGGCGCAGCCUGAGGAAGAGAGUGGAGUGGAAGGCGAAAGUGAAUUGGAAAGCGAGGUGGGGACCCAGACCUCGAUCGAGGAGAUUGUCCUCGAGACGAUGGAGGUCGCAGAUGCGACACCCGCCCCGGAGAAACAAAAGCGCAAGCGUGCCUCGACCGGUAAUGUCGCGAACAAGCGAACCAUGGCUCGUCGUACAGGUGGAACGGCGCUCCAGUCGACGCCGCGGUCGAGCCAGCGCGUCGCGGCGCAGCAGACAUUGCAGAUCAAGUCUGAGCCGGUACACUACAACCAGCCGCAGCGGGCGCGGCGGACAGGCCCCGUGGCAUCGCCUAUCAUUGUCUCUGAUGAUGAGGGUUCGCCUAUGCCGCCGAAGCAGAGCAAGGGCAAAGGCAAGGCGCGGGCACCUCCUCUGCCGAAGAUUCGUGCCGUUCCACGGCGUCGUUCAACGCGAGGAGGAGUCAAACGGGCAUUGCUCGACUGUGUUGAAGUGCCGCGGAUUGAUACGUCCGAGUACAAGUGGCUUGAGAUGUAG